AUGGCUUUAAUGGCUAUAAUGUUUUCUAGAGACAUAUUUCAGGCUCAUAACGAGCUAUUUUACGAGCUAGGAACACUUUUGAAUCCACAAUUCUGUACAUACUGUUUAAUCGAAACAUCGUCGUUUUGUAUUAUUUUUUUCAAGGUUACAGAUUUCACCAAUAUCCUGAAAGCGAUAACGUGGAGCAAACGAUUGCUCGGUUGUUCUGGAAUUUGGCCAUUAGAAGUUCGGAACUCGUUGUUUCUACCAUUUCUGGUUUACGGAUUUCUUUACAGUAUUUUAGGAUUUCUUGAUUUAGCAGAUUUUAUCACAGAUUUUCAUUACGUACUGACAAACAUUAUGGAGAAUAUGUUGAUGUUUGUGACACUAUUGAAAUUUGGAGUGUGCCGAAUGAAGUGUCGAUCUUUGUCAAUAUUUUUAUCUGAAACAAAAAACGAUUAUGUCAUCGAUAAUUAUAAAACGAAAGAGGAGAAACUGAUUUUUAUGAAAUAUAACAAAUUUUCCUAUAUAUUCAUCAUGGCUUCGUUACCACCAAUGGUCCUCACAAGUUUUUUGUAUUAUUUUAAAACUGUCAUACCGAGUAUGCUUAUGGUUAUAGCGAAUUCUUCAUAUGAAUAUAAAUUACCAUAUAAAAUAAAGCAGAUACCGAAGCCAUAUGAUAUAAAAAGUUAUACGUUUGGUUGCGUAUACCAAUUUAUGAGCAUAGUAAUGGUACUUUCCGGUUACGUCGGAAUUGAUUGUUUAUUGGCUUGUACCGGAUUUCAUCUUACUGGCCAAUUAGCCAUAUUGAACAGUAGAGUGAAGGAGGUUUUAGUGGAUACCAAUGGUCCUCGGCAGGGAAUUCGAAAAAUGAUUCUUCGACAUUAUCAGUUGAUAAGAUUAGCGGAUAUAUUAGAAGAUAGUUUUAAUAUCGUCAUUUUUCUACAUUUGGUAUGUUCAACGAUUCUACUUUGUACGUCGAGUUAUCAAAUGCUUCGCAGUUUAGCGGUAUUAGAAAAAAUUUAUAUAUUAACAUUCAUUAUGUACGUUGGCCUUUUGUUGAGCACAUUGUUUGGUUAUUGUUACAUGGGUGAAUGUCUCAUCGAGGAAAGCACGAAUUUGUGCGAAGCGCUUUAUCAUUCCGAUUGGUACGAGUUGCCAACGAUCGAUAUACAAUCAAUUUGCAUUUGCAUGGUUCGUGCUAGAAAACCACUGCAAUUGACUUGUGCGAAGUUUUGCGUUUUGUCUUUGUGCACUUUUAGCGACAUAGUGAAGACAUCAAUGGCGUAUUUAUCAGUAGUACGAACAUUUAUGUAAACAAUAUUGUGAAAUAAUUAGUUUUGAAUAAUUAUUACUGGAAUAUUAUUACUGACAUGUUGAUAAAAAUUGAAAACAUACUGCAUAUAAUAAAUAUGCAUACAAUCACGUAAUAUAGAUAAGUAUCGGUACCAAAUUCGUAAAAGCGACAAAAGGGAGUAAACGAUUGCUCGGCCUUAUAGGGAUUUGGACUACUUACUUUGGAAAUUUACGAAUCGGUGACGUCUGCGUUCUUACUUUGUGGCUGUGUAUACAAUAUUCUUGCAUUUUUUAAUUUUAUCAAUCACAUAAAAAAUUUGUGUUACAUUAUAGUGAAUGUAGUGAAGAACAUAUCAGUAUUAUAAUAAAGCAUCGUUCAUUGUCAACAUUUCUGAUCGAAACCAAAGCUGAGUACACAACUGAUAAUUAUAAAAAUGACGAAGAGAUUAAUUUUUUUUUAAUUAUAACAAAAUUUUUUAUAGUCAUUUUCAUCGUCAUUUUAUUGCCAAGAUCGACAAUCUUAUUUCUUUUAUAUUAUUGUAGAUCAGUCUUACCGAAUGUACUAAUAGUUUCGAUCAUACUAAUAAAUUAAUUAAACAUUUUCAUUCGUUUCUAUCAAUACGAUA